CUCUGCAGUUAGUGAGAUUUGUUUCUCUCUUAAAAUAUGGGAAUGAAACUGACGAAAAUCCCUCCAAAAGGGAUGGAGAUGGCCUCCACUGGCAGCGUCGAUCGUGUCUUACUUCGUCUAGAGUUAAUUCAUAACAGAUUCCGAGACAACCUAUACGGAUACAGUUAUGUUCAUUUCUAUGUUCGUGAUGCAAUCAAAGACAUGAAAUUUCUCAAAACAUUUCUUACGUGUGCUAGAAAGUGGGUUCAUUUGUACUUGCAAUCUGACAAUGUUGUGAAGAGGAUAAUGAACUGUUGGAAUUCAUAGACCUCAUCCUGCAAAAUCUAGCAGAUUUGACAAAUGACGAUAUGAAUUGGAAAAUUGCUAAUACUAAAUCGUCUAUUUAUGCUGCUUUGAGUGCUCAAGUCCAAGAUCUUGAAGCAAAGCUGACAUUCUUGAAAAGCUUCAUUCCCUUUGCCAAAAUGCGAGGAACCGCAGAUAUUCCUGCCUUGCUAUUGGCUCACUUUGAAGUGGUGGCUUUGACCGCAGCACGCCUCUCUUACAUGUGGUCCUUUUGGAAUGAUUUUGAGGCAAAGCACAAUCCUGAGUUCUACGACAGAAGUGCUUGCAGCUUCAAACUCCUCAGCAUCAGAGCUGUUGAUUUUCAUGUCUACGAGAUUUAUAAGGAAGUACUUGCAGCUUCAAACUCCUUAGCAUCAUUACAUACAGCAGUGAUGGAUGAGCGGAUAUUGAACAACUUCAACGAUUCUCUGAUAGGACGUCUCUGGGAGUUGUUAUGCUGCAGCUCUAGCUUUGUGGAUUCUAUGAAAGAUGAAAUGCAAAAACUCUAUGCAGGACUGAGGUUUUUGAGAAGCAUUUUAAGGGAGCAUCAUGAGAUGAUGGAUGAACAAAAUGAAAAAAUUGGAGCUCUCCUUGGUGAGGCAGGCAUUAUAAUAUUCUCGCCCAAUCUGAGCAGAGUGAUAGAAGGAGAAGUUAGCUUCUCAGGAUCCACCCAGGUUCUUGAUUUUUGUGAUCUGCUGGCCAAUAUCAAGCAUUUUAAGGAUCAGAUCAGUGGCUCAAGUACUAUAGAGAGUCUUCCUAAUUCCUCUCAUAGCUUAAGAGCACCAGAAGUUAGCCAGACUUCCAGCCGCAUGCUAUCAAAAGGUAAAAUGCCAAUAGACCAUGAAGUCAUGGUUGGUCUUGAUGAUGAGGCAGAAAAAGUAAUUGAACCACUUAUCAAGCAUUUUGAGGAUCAGCUCAGUGUCUCAAGUACUAUACAGAGUCUUCCUAAUUCCUCUCAUAGCUUAAGAGCACCAGAAGUUAGCCAGACUUCCAGCCGCAUGCUAUCAAAAGGUAAAAUGCCAAUAGCUCGUGAAAUCAUGGUUGGUCUUGACGAUGAGGCAGCAAAAGUAAUUGAACGACUUAGAUGGGGAUCAGAACAGGUGGAAAUUGUUCCCAUUGUGGGAAUGGCUGGGCUUGGUAAGACGACUUUAGCCAAAAAAGUUUACAAUGAUAGUUCAGUAACCUGUCACUUCCACAUUUGUCUUUGGUGCACUGUUUCUCAAGAAUUUAACAUGAAAAAUGUGUUACUUCAAAUUUUGUGCUCUGAUGGCAAACAUUCUAGGAAGGAUGAGCUUCAAAAUCUGGAUGAAGAUGACUUGGUUCAAAAGCUCUGCAAAAAGCUAUUGAAGAAUCGGUAUCUUGUUGUUUUUGAUGAUGUCUGGGACAUUAAGGUAUGGAAUGAGCUGAGAACUGCAUUCCCCAAUGACAAGAAUGGAAGUAGAAUCAUCUUUACGAGUCGAUCUUCUAAUGUAGCUUCACAGGUUCAUUAUGGUGGAGAACCUCACUAUCUUCACCCACUCAGUGAGAAAGAAAGUUCCGAAUUGCUGCUGAAGAAGGUGUUUGGAGAAGAAGAAGAAUGUCCUCAAGCAUUGCAUGGAUUGGGAAUGGAGAUUGCUGAAAAGUGCUGGGGAUUGCCACUUGCACUUGUUGUUGUAGCUGGAGUCCUAGCAACUAAAGAGCAUGAUAUUUUGGUUUGGGAAAAGUUUGCUGAAAGUUUAACUUCAACCAUGGUGUCUGGUACAGACCAGUGCAAGAAGUCGUUGGAGCUCAGUUAUGAGCAUUUACCAUACCACUUGAAGGCAUGCUUGCUGUAUUUUGCUGCAUUUCGAGAAGAUGAAAAAAUUGGUGCCAAGAAGUUGAUGUGUCUAUGGAUUGCAGAAGGAUUUGUGGAAAUAAUUGAAGGAAAGAGAUCAGAGGAUACUGCAGAAGAAUAUCUGAUGGAUCUAAUUGGUCGAAACUUAGUUAUGGUAAGUAAAAGCAGAUCCAUUGGUGGAGUCAAAACUUGUUACAUUCACGAUUUGAUAUUUGAGUUCUGUAAGGGCGAGGCGAAAGAAAAGAAAUUUCUUCAGGUCCUGCGAGGUUAUGAUGAGCUUUCUACCUUUAAUGAGCAUCCCAACCUACCUCGGUUGUCCAUUUGCUCCAGUGGAGAAGAUUUUAUAAAGUCAAGGCUAUUUUGUCCGCAUUUAGCCAGUCUGCUAUUCUUUGAUGCUACUGCUUUUUUGCAUAAGUUUAAGUUGCUUAACAUCUCCUUCCUUUUUUGCAUCUACAAACGUCUUAACGUUCUGAAUUUAGAGGGCAUUAACCUAAGGCUGAACGAGCUUCCAGCUGAAGUGGAAUCACUUCUUCGUUUGAGGUACUUAGCCCUUGAAGCAGAGCGCAUGCGAUUCAUUCCACCAUCUAUAGCCAAGCUCUCACAUUUGGAAACCUUCUGUCUAAAUUCUCACCAGAUAGUUUCAUUGCCAGAUAGCAUCUGGAACAUGAAGAAGUUGAGGCAUGUACAUGCAAAGAUGGGCGUUGUUAUUCGUGUAUCUUCCAACGACAAAGGUGUUGAAAACCUCUCCACUUUACCCAAUUUAGGCACACUCUCUUGUUUGCGUCUUUAUAAAGAGGGAGAGAACUUAUUGAGAAGGAUUCCCAACGUUCGCCGACUUAAUAUUUCCGAUGAACGGACUGGAAAUGGAGUGUUGAACAUGAGUCGACUAGACUGCCUAGAGUCACUCACCUUAGGUUCACGGGAACAUGUUGAGCUUUCCUUUCCCAUGAAUAUGAAGAAGUUGAGUCUUUACAAUGUGGGUCUUCCCUGUAGAAAAAUGUCAUUGGUUGAACAACUACCCUAUCUUGAAGUCCUCGAAUUAAGAAAGCAGUCAAUGGUCGGCCAUAUGUGGGAGCUGAUGGAAAAAGGAUUCCCUAAACUCAGGGUCUUGACGUUGGAAGAAGUAGAGGUGGAGGAGUGGACAGAGGCAGACCCUGACAGUGGUUAUGGUUACUUCCCGCGUCUUCAGCAAUUAAAUCUUCAAAGAAUUUCUAAAUUGGAAAAGACGCCUGCUUGUUUAGGGAGUAUAUCUAAUCUAAAAACAAUUCAGGUGGCGCAUUGCGGAAGUAGAGUCAAAUCUUUAGUACGGGAAAUUGAAGAAGAACAGAAAGAUAAUUAUGGAAAUGAUGUGAAUCUGAAGAUCAUCAUCAUAGAUUGAAGGGCAUCAGCUGGUGCAAUAUCUGGGAGUGCAUGCUACGGUGGUUUUUCCUCUUCAGAUUGUAAUUGGUCAUCUGUGCGGUCUGGCUUUCUUUGAUACUUUAGUGG